UCCAGGCUUGGUUUGAUUUAUCCUAUCGCGCCAGCUCGAGUCGACACUAAGCCAGUCCGUGUCAUUUGGCCGAAACCAGCAGUCAACACGUAUUAUCCGGAGCAAGCGAAGGCCGGAGUCUGGUGUUCAACUUCAUACCGUACUUUAUCCAUCAGUAACAUCGAUAGAUGCGCGUUCACAGACGAUUUCUACAAACAAUCCAAUAAUGAGCGGUGCGUAAGUGAGUUGUUGAGUUUUCUAAGAACUCAACAGGAGCAUCGCGUGUGACCAGUAUGAGCAAGCGGAACACGUACGAACUCGGAGGCGGUUGUUUAGAAUCUCCACCAUUUCGCAAGUAUCUAGAGAGCCGCCAGAAACUUGAACCUCGAACUUGACUUGUCUUGCCACUCAUCUCAUCAUCAAGACUAACGUUUCGCUAGCUGUAACUCUUUCCAGCCUUGUCGGUUUGUAACGUCGAGAUGUGUCACGAGAGCGCCUGUCCGGCCAAGUCCAGAAUAUCGCUUCUUCGUUUGACAGUUUUCUAGAAGCUAAUGGCUAUGUGUUCUACCGAUUGGUCAACACAGCGGUGAAUCCGCAGCGAACACGACGCGACUCAAGUGGAGAACACUCAGCCCGACGCCACGGAUUCCGCUAUCGGCUUUUCAUUCAAAGAUAUCGCGUUGUUGACGCACUUCACUCAGCCGAGGCUGUUCCCACACAAGUCGUUAUUCGUGCCGUGCUUUGCUGGAUCUACUCGACAAGCGAAUGCGUUUCUGUGGUCGUCAAGUACCGGGUCUGUUGUUCGUCGUGUGCUUGCUUCUAAGUGAUAUCUAUCACUGCGUCGUCGAUGCCCAACAAGCCACGAAUUGUCCGAAUCGGGUUCGUAAGUCUUGGGGGGCCCUGACUCAAGCUGAACGGAGCUUGUACGUCGAAGCUCUCGGGGUGGGGAUGCAAAGGGGGUAUCAUAUCCUGUUCACGGAAGUGGCUUCGGAGAAGGCUUCGUCCACGGAAUUCCUGCGAACUUGUGGCUUUUUGUACUGGAAUCGCCGCUUCGUUCUCGCCUACGAGAACAUGUUGCGUAGUCUUGGUUCCAAGUACGCGUGCCUUACGAUCCCAUACUGGGACUACUUCGCUGACUAUGCUCGAUUCGUUGAGAAUAAGUGUGAGAACGGAGGCGCUUCACUGGAAGCCUGUUCACCAAUACUUCGCGGUCUUGGCGGGUCGCAGGGGGCAGCGCGCUCUGUCACUAUAAACGGUAGAACGAUCGCAGGCAAUUGCGUGACCAAUGCACCUGCGAAGUCGUUCUGCGAGAGCUCCACUAUCACCAAUUCUAGUCAAUGCGCACGCUGCAUUCCUCGAGGUAAUUGGGCCAGCAAGACUUUUCCUGCCGGGUUCGGAUACGCCGGAUUAGGAGUGGCUCUAGGUGAGGCCAACGGCUUUCGAGAUGUGACUCAACGCAUCCAGACGGGAACACACAAUGCCAUUCACAACGCGUUGUCGUCUGUCCUCGCCAGCUACGUGAGCCCAGCAGAUCCAGUCUUCUUCAGCAUUCACGCAACCGUCGAUCUCCUAGACCAGAUCUACCUGGAGUGUCAACUCGGUGAUGACGUGGUUCCGACAGACAAGAAUGUCUCGCGGUGGGCGUUCCAGCAGUGCGUUUACAAGGAUGAAGUGAGUCCUACAGCGAUUUCGAAUGUGACGCAGUUGUGGAUGGUCGACAGUUCUUACCCGACUUCUAAGACUCCAAUUCGAGCAGAAGAUCACCCGGCGUUGAGCCAGUUCUUUAAGCCGUUGCCCUCGAAAUACUGGCAAUAUGUGAACAUCAACAAACUCGGCAAAAACUCGUACCAAUACGAUCGCGACGACCUCAUUCUGAACAUGCAAAGCUACGGAUUUGUGUGUCCGAAGCGUGGAGCUCCCAUUACGACUGUCCUUGCGUCAACCAUGGCUUUGAUGGAAACAGCUAAUACGGAGGAAAUUAGCGUGGAAGUGGGGAGCAACUCGGAGACUGAAGGACCGGGCAUUUCGAGGGAGCUUCACCAGAUGCAGACCAAUUCGUUCGAGAUGGAGCAGCAAGAGCGCGUUUAUGUGCAAGAACAAGCGAUCGAUCUCCUGGAAACCACUUUGGUUGAUGCCCUAGACGUCGACGGUACAGCAAAAACUGCGUUCACCCAGGCUGAGCUCAUCGAAUGUCAGUAUCAUUACGAUACUGUGGGUGGUGUGGAGGACUAUUCGUCUGUCUUCCGUAAUAACUACGGCCUGAGUCCAUACGAUCACCCUCGCUGCUGGGAGCUGGUCAGACAAAUGCAGACUGGCAACAUCGAAAUCCGCGUUGAUAAUUGGAGAAGUAUCAUGGACGAUCACUUCAAUUCAUCCAGCAUCGAUGGGAGUUCCAGUGAGCUGUGAGCCAGAAUAGUCGUCUACUGGCCGAAUCAGAAUUGUUUAUCUCGCGUUCAUUAACCAAAUAUGGUACUUUAUGUUGGCUUGUUUUUUUAUGCCUGAGUUCGGUGGUGCUUGGCAAAUAG